GCUUAUUAAGCAGCUUCAUCUUAUUUGCCUUCCUUUUUUGAACUCGCUUUGCAUUCACUUCUCCUCAUGUUCUUGUCGUGGCUGCAGAGCAUUUGCAGCAUGGAUACAAUCUUUGAGAUUGGGCAGUGAUUGUGAUCCACUUUUUUACGUUUGGUCCUGAGAAACUACGGUUACAAUCAUUAAUGCACUUCGCAUUGAUUGCAUUGACACGAUUCAGAGGCUCUUCAUUGUGCAGUAGACGGGUCCGAUAAAUUCGUUAUGGCUAAUGGUGCUAUGCGGAUAGCGUGCGGGGGGUGCACCUCAACCGCAUUGAAAUAUCAAGAUCAUAUUUCAUGGACAGGUAGUAGGUAGGGCUCGGUUUGUACUCCGUCUAUCUGACUUUGCUAUCUAUGUCAACCUCGUCUUUUGAAUCCUUAAACUUGGAUGAGUUCUCUUUGGAGAACCCCGUCAACUCCUCCGCAGGUCGGCGCAGUCGCUUGGUGUAUUUGAGUCGUGAUAGUGCUCACUUCGCCGAAGUUGAAGACCUUUUCAACAAGGGAUGGCGACAUGGCAAGAAAGCUAGGCCACAUAUACAAGGAAUUUUUAAGAUCCUUUGGCCGGACAGCAACCUUGAGCCAUAUCUACAGUACAGGAAUCAGGUGCAGGCCCGCAUAAGGGCUCGGAACGAGGCAGGGAACGAGAAGUUACUCUUCCACGGCACAAACAGGGCAUGUCUCCUGGGAGAAUCCUCAAGAAACAUUCUCUUGUGCGGCCUCAAAGAGUGCUAUCUUUGCUCUAUCUUGCGCGCAUCUUUUGAUGUAAAGAAAUGCGGCACGAAGAACGCUUUCAAGAGGUUUGGGCAUGGUAUAUAUACCUCUGCUUGCUCGUCUAAAGCUGACGAUUAUUCCUGCAACUUGUCACAAGAUGCAUGUCUCCGCACCUUGCUAGUCAAUCGUGUUGUAGUUGGGAGGCCAUACAAACGGUACAGGAAUGCACCUGACCUUGUAAAACCUCCCGAUGGUUUCGAUUCUGUGAGUUCUUCGUUGUUUAAUAACCAUUUGCUCACAUCCUUGCAGAUUACUGGAGAGAUUGGCUGGGAUCUAAACCAUGAGGAAACCGUGUGCUACACAAAUGACGCUGUGCGUCCUGCAUAUCUCGUCGUAUAUGGACAUAAGCCCAAAGAUUCGCCGAAGCCGAGCUUUAAGACCCUGAUGUCAAUGUUAUUCAAGACACCGUUAGUCUCAUGAACGAAUGUUCGACUUUUCCAUCACAUCCAUGAUAAGGCAUGGGGAUGUUAAAGGGGAAUUACUUGAUUAUUUAUUCGAAGCAGCUAUCUACUGUUGUAAUACUAUUUUUUGUAUGAUUAGCACAAAGGCGAAUAUCGCCGCAGAAUGGCGUGGCACAACGAUUUGAUGUGGCUG